CUUUUUUCCGUCGCUCCGGUCACUCUUGACCCAUCUACUUUGACCGUCGCUUCUUUGGCAGCGGAGCGGAGCGGACCGGGGAGGGAUAGAACGGAGGCGUGUACCCGGCUAGACGAGACGAGACGUCCGGUGCCCGUUGUGUCGGUGCCGGCCGGUUCGGCUGUUGCUCGGCUGUUGCUCGGCUGGUGGCGCUGCUUCAGGUGCGCACACCUGCAACGUGUUGCGAUGAAGCAUCCCAUCAGCCAAUCGGCCUCGCCGAGCUCCGAACCGGACCGCGACGAUGGCGGCGAGGACUGCGGCCGAGCGGACGGGCGGCCGUCGCGAGGGUGGCCGUCGCUAGGGCGCGCUCACAGGCCCAAGAGGGAACGGAAAGAGCGCAGCUACACCACGUGCGACGUUUGCAACAUCCAACUCAACUCGGCGGCGCAGGCGCAGAUCCACUACGACGGCAAGACGCACAAGAGGAGGCUCAAGCAGAACGGCGACGGAGGCAAGACGGCAAACGGCGCAGGUACAUCAGGACAAGGGCUGGUGGCCUCGCUGCCCGUGGCGGGACGGCCGCUGCAGCAGCCCCAGCUGGACCUGAAGCACCUGCUGCCGUUCCGUCUCAACGGCUCGUCGCCGCUCAGCCUCUUCCCCAACUUCAACUCGAUGGACCCUGUGCAGAAGGCGGUGAUCAAUCACACCUUUGGCGUCCCGCAGCCCCUCAAGAAGAAGCAGAUCAUCUCCUGCAACAUUUGCCACCUGCGCUUUAACUCCACGAACCAGGCGGAGGCUCACUACAAGGGCCACAAGCACACACGCAAGCUCAAAGCCAUGGAGGCGCAGAAGAACAGGCAGCGGCGGGCCGGCGAAGCCGCGGCCAGGGAGCGGGACCGGACCGAGAUGGCGGACGUCGCAGCCACGCCCCCUGCUGCCGACCCCGGCUCAGAGGAGGGAAUAAGUCUUCAGUCAGACUCCCCAGACGUCAAAACAGAGGAGAGCUCGGCCGCGCCGCCGUCGGACGUGGCGGCCGCCGAAGCGGCGGCGCCGCCGCUCUCGCCGACCUUGCGGCUCUCGCCGACCUUGCGGCUCUCGCCGACCUUGCGGCUCUCUGACACGGCGGCGGCGUCUGACUCCGCUGCUCCAGAGGCGGCCGAGGGCUCGAGAGGCCGGACGGACUCGUCCGGCGCCGACGCAGAGGCGCGGGCGGACGAGGAGGGCAAGAAGAGCAAAGCGCACCUUCACUGUCCCGUCUGCAAAGUGACCAUGAACUCGGCCUCGCAGCUGGAAGCCCACAACAGCGGUACAAAACACAAGCUGAUGCUAGAAGGUCAAAGCGUGCUGCCCCGCCGCCGCGGCAAGAUGGCGGCGGCCCGCGCCAGCUAUAAGAGCAAGCGGCUGGCGAGCAAAGGCAGCGUGGGCGUCACCAACAAGAGCUUUCAGUGCCAAGUGUGCGAGAUCUUUGUCAACUCCGAGACGCAGCUCAGCCAGCACAUGAACAGCAGACGGCACAAGGACCGAAUGGCCGGAAAACCGCCCAAGCCCAAAUUCAGCCCGCACGGCAAGAGCCGGCAGAUCAGCUUAGCGAGCAUGCGAUGGAACGGCUGUGCGGGCGCGACUGUGUCGGCCAUGAAGAAAGCUUUGGGCAGCUACGGCCUGGCCUCGCUCUCCUCGCAGACCAAACUGGCCUUGCAGAAGCAGCUGACCAAGAGCUUGGCUGCGGGCUUCCUGCCCGGCCCCCUGGCGCCGCCCACCCUGUGCACGGUUGCCGCCAACCCGCUGGCGCUACGCCCCCCAAUGGGCGCCCCCGCCUUCAUACAGACGCCCUUCCUGGGGCCGGCGCUUUUCCGGCCCGCUCCGGGUCCUCUGCGGCCCGCGCACGCACCCAUCAUCUUCUCCCCCUACUAAUGCCCUGCCCUCCCCUCCCCUCCCUGGUUGGUGUCCCCUCUCUCUGUGUGACCAAACUAUGCAGUCAACUUGUCUUAAGGGAGAAUGGCGAGCCCCCCCCAUCCAUCACGCCUUCUUUCUGUUCCGGUGGUUACCGGCGAGGGAGCGAGGAGCGCAUUGAUAGCCAUUUGAUUUUACGCCUCUUACCGUGUGCCGUGUUUUGUAGACCAGUCUAGGUGUACGUUGAAGAUAAGCUCCCUUUACUUGAGCGCUUGCUUUUCAAAAUGUGAGACAGAGAACCUCAGCAGCUCGGCAAACGCAAAGAAAAGGUUAAUUGGAAAGUAUUUCAGAUGGGACCUAAUCAGGAGGUGAGGCAACUUGAGAAAAAUAAAAACAAAAUGUGAUUUCUAUGCCCUAAGCUAACCAGCUACAUCAGACACUGUGAGUCACAAGAACUCAAAGUAAGUGGAGUCACUGGAAAAAGAAAAUGAUAGCAUACGAAUAUAUAUGUAUGUAUUUUUUUCUCCCCCCUUCCAAACUCACUGUCCCACACUUUGAACAGCCCUGCUUCACCUGAUGUCCUUUUUAAAAACGUUCUAAGACAUUCUCGGGUCCACAUGGUGAUCCCCCUUGUGUCCGUUUGGCGCCAUCCAAACCGCCGGAACACUUCACACCUUGACAAACGGGCCACCGACAAAGAGGAGGUGGAAGAGGAGGGUUUGAUCGACAGCAUGGCGUGUGGGAGGGAACCCCCCAAAAAAAAG